AUGUUUGCUGACUGUUUAUUGCAUUCAACGUGCUUGUCAAAGUCAAAACACAUCCGAGAUUCAUCUACAUUUUCUCCUGCUUCUUCGUUGAUUUCUUCCGCUAUCCUCCUGCUCUUUAAGAUGGGAGACGAGAGCCGAAGCUACACGGUGGAUGAUGCACUUGCAAGCGUAGGAUUUGGGAAGUUCCAAAUGCUUGUGCUUGCGUAUGCAGGGAUGGGUUGGAUUUCAGAAGCCAUGGAAAUGAUGCUUCUUUCGUUUGUGGGACCCGCACUUCAGUCUGCAUGGAAUCUUUCCUCGCAUGAACAAAGCAUGAUUACUAGUGUUGUCUUUGCUGGCAUGUUGGUUGGAGCAUAUUCAUGGGGUGUUGUUGCAGAUAAACAUGGAAGGAGGAAAGGAUUUCUUAUUACUGCAAUGGUUACUUCUGUGGCUGGUAUGCUUAGUGCUUUAGCUCCUAACUACGCAUGUCUCAUCAUUCUUCGCUGUCUUGUUGGAAUUGGUCUUGGAGGUGGGCCCGUCCUCUCUUCUUGGUUUCUAGAGUUCAUCCCUGCUCCAAGCAGAGGCACUUGGAUGGUUGUCUUUUCAGCUUUUUGGACUAUUGGAACUGUUUUUGAGGCUUCUGUUGCAUGGUUUGUGAUGCCAACAUUGGGAUGGAGAUGGUUACUUGCAUUCUCAUCUCUGCCUUCAUCUCUCCUCCUUGUAUUCUACCGUGUAGUCCCGGAAUCACCGCGAUAUUUAUGCUUAAAAGGAAGAACAAGUGAAGCCCUACGAAUCUUGGAAAAAGUUGCCAAGAUAAACGGGAAAUCACUUCCCUCUGGAAUCCUUGUUUCCGACAAUGAAAUCGAGUUGAAUGUCAAGUCAAUGGAAUCAGAAGAUGCACGCUUGCUCCCUCAGAGUAAUAAGCACACGGAUGAUGAAAAGCCGGAAGUUAUCGAUCAUAGUAAAAGUAACGUGUCAACAUUUGCGAUGUUGUUUUCACCGGAAUUGAUAAAGCCGACUUUGCUUUUAUGGGUGGUUUUCUUUGGGAAUGCUUUUUCUUAUUAUGGGCUUGUGCUUCUUACAACCGAGUUGCAUAAUGGUGCGAAUAAUUGUGGACAAAAUGGAUCACAAUCUCAAGGCUCCGAGGAGGUUAGCUAUAAAGACGUUUUCAUCACUAGUUUUGCAGAGUUCCCGGGACUUAUUAUAUCAGCUUUUACAAUCGAUAAACUGGGUCGAAAGCGCUCCAUGUCAACAAUGUUCUUCCUUUGUUGCAUUUUCUUGCUCCCAUUGACUUUCCAACAACCUCAAGCUCUCACAACAUUUCUUCUCUUUAUGGCUCGAAUAUGCAUCACAACAACCUUCACCGUGGUUUACAUUUUCGCCCCUGAGAUAUACCCGACAUCAGUGAGAACAACGGGUGUUGGGGUGGGGAGCUCGGUGGGGCGAAUUGGCGGCAUGCUAUGUCCGUUGGUGGCGGUGGGUUUGAUACAUGGCUGCCAUCAAACCGCCGCCAUCCUCCUCUUUGAAUUUGUUAUUUUUUCUUCGGGUGUUUGUGUCAUGCUUUUCCCCUUUGAGACAAGCGGAAGGGAACUCACUGAUUCUACAGUCCCUGAAACUGCAACCACUUUAGAAGUGGGUUGACUCACCGAUCGAUUGUUUGUAGUUUUUACUUUUUAGGAAAAAAAACACAAACACACACAUACAUACUAGCAACUUGUAAUUGAUUGAUUAUAUGAUAAUUGUAAUAUGUUUUAAAAUGGAGUAGAUUUGUAAUUUAUAUUCAUAUCUUGGCACUAUGUAUAAACAAGUCAAUUUGUUACAUUUUUAUUCAAAAUGUUAGUAAGUCCUAUUUUUACUACAAA